AUGAGCGACAACAAAACCGCAAUUCUUGCUAACAAUCAACGCUAUCUUGCUUUACGAAACGUCUUUGGAAGAUUGACCAUAAUAGCUGAUGGAGAGCCAGGAUCGGCUAACGAAAUAGAAGUUCAAUUCAUCAUCGACCGAGGUACAAACUUCAACGUUUUUGCUAAUGGAGCAAGUAACACGAUCGUUCGAAUUCGACCAGCGUCUAACAACGGCAAAUAUAUCGCCGUUGACGGUUCGUCGAUUGUUUUAAAGGAUGUGCCAAAUUCUUUAGCUAUAAACGAUUCUUCGUUUGAUUUCUAUGAAGAAAAUGUUGCUGGGCAGUUCGAUACUGUUCGGUUUGUUCAUAGAGUUUCUGGAAGUUAUUUGACUCUUCAACGUGAAUUAAAUGGUGGAUAUCAUUUGGGGAUAUCUGUGGUAGGAGGGGAUUCAGGUAUGUUAGUGAAGGAAAACGGAGUUCGUGAAGAUGAAGAUAAUUUUGAAGAAACCAUAAAAGCAGUGAAUACAUCUCUAAAUACCACGAAGAUUCCUUCUGAAAUAAAAGAAAUUCUUCAGGAUGAUAAAUGUGAUGUUGCCCCAACUUCGAACAGUUCAUUUUGGAUUUUAUGUCGUGCUUUGAAAGAAUUCGUGAACGAAACUGGCAGCCUACCUCUGCGCGGUUCGAUUCCCGACAAGACGGCGGAUACGACACGUUUUAUUGAAUUGCAAAAUUGUUAUCAUGAAAAAUCGCUGGAAGAUAUCGAAAAAAUGACAGAAAAAGUUCUUUCGAUUUUAAAAUCAUGGCAUAAGAAACCGAACUUCAUAAAAGAUGAAGAUAUCCGGCUGUUUUGUAAAAAUUCAGCAUUUCUGCGCGUAGUUCGUUGUACUUCGUUACAAGAAGAAUUUAACAACAUAUCGACGCAAUUUUUAGAACGAUUACGUAAUGAAGACGAGAAUGACGUCAUGUAUAUAUUGUUUCGAGCUAUUUAUAAAUUCCGUUCAAAACACGAUAGAUAUCCCGGUUCGUCUGAGGAACACGUCAAGAGUGAUUGUGAAAAACUACAGAGUUACGUUGGCGGUCUCAUGGAACAGUGGGAAUUAAAUGGUGAAAUAAAAGAAGAUUAUGUACAGGAAAUAUGUCGUUUUGGUGGAAGUCAAUUACAUCCUGUUGCGUCGUUAAUGGGUGGAUCUGCCGCACAUGAAGUCAUCAAAAUUAUCACAAAUCAGUAUGUUCCGUUUCAUGAUUAUUUCAUCUUCAACGCGAUGACAGGCUCUUCUGUAACUCUAAAACUUUGAUCGUGUGCUUUUCAAUUCCGUUCAUUUGAACAGGAAUUCAACAAAUUCGAAAACGCCAUGUCAGUCGUAAAAGCGAAAGAUGAGUUCAACGUUAUGUUUGUCAUGCAUUGACUAAAAACUUGUAGCCUUGCAUAUGACUUAAUCAAGAGUGAACAUCUUUCGUUUGCUUUUUUUACCAAGGUCUGUGAGAAAGUUUUUGUACAAAUGAGAAAAUUAAUAGGCAUGAUGUAGAUUGUGAAAAUAAAACCGGACAGUUGAUUUUGUA